GUUCACAAACAAAUAAUUUUCAAUUGAUUCAUUUACCCGGGAGACCUCGAGCAUUAACCUUGGCUCAGUCCCCGACGUUACCCCGCACUCUGGUUCACAACAGACAAGGUCUCACCUCCUUCACUCCCCUUGCAGCAUCAUCUCACACAUUCGGAGACCUUUCCCGCAACCAGUAUGUUAUCGACCAUGAGAGUCGGCCUCAAAAGUUGUACGCCCUGUCUAGCUACUCGGACUAUACUCCGCUCCCCAACCCCAAUCCGCCAUCGCAGCAUAUCCAGCCUAGCCAAAGUCCGCUCGCUGGAUCACCUCGUUCUUACCGUCAAAGACCUCUCCCAGACCAUCAAGUUCUACGAGUCCGUACUCGGCAUGAAGCACACCUCCUUCAUAUCUGGUGGACUAGAGCGGCACGCCCUGGUCUUCGGACAGCAGAAAAUCAACCUCCACAUCAGCGGGCAGGAGUUCGAGCCAAAGGCCCAGAUAGCUCAGCCGGGAUCGGCGGACUUAUGUUUCUUGGUCGAGGAUGAUGUUGAGCAUGUGGCUAAGCGAUUGUAUGAUCGUAGGAUUGAGGUUUUGGAGGGGGGUGGGGUGGUCUAUCGGACAGGGGCUCGGGCUGGACUGAGUAGUUUGUAUAUUCGAGAUCCGGAUGGGAAUCUGGUCGAGCUUUCGAAUGAGGUUGGGAACUCGCCGGGAUUUAUCCCUGAGGAUGCGCCGGUGCCGACGCCCUCCUAGAGACCCUUAUCCAGCUGGGGUUUGUGGACCAAUGUCUUCGUGUGGUUGGUUGGGGAUACAUAAUGCGAUCUAGAGAACGUUUGUUAAAAGGACGUGAUAAUGGAAUAUGACCGUUGGAAGACCAAUUUCCAUAGAUAUGGGCAACUUGAAGGUUUGUACCAUUCGAUACACCCCUUCACUUAUGUAUCGCAUAUACACGAUGGGGCUUGUUGGCAAAAUGUAAUUUCAACUUAUUGUAGACAUCAUAUGACGAAUCACUCGUCUGAGGUAUCACCUGCAACCAAAGUCCCCUUAACAACAUAUAUCCGCCGAGGCAUCUGAUAAUAUCCAAACAUUUAUGAGUGGGUCCGUUAAAUGACAAAUAAUAC